CCUGCCCUCAGUAUCAGCUAGCCGUCCCCGUUCGUCCGUCGCACAGGUGAGUUCGUCGACUCGCCUCUUUUUGUAGCCAAAUGCCGAAACCUCCAGAUGAAAACUGGUAACUGGAAUAUUUCCCCGGACUUAUAAGCGGACUGGACUGUUUGUGGGCAAAGGAAAAGCUGGUUUAGCGUCGCGGUAACGUGUUAGCCAUAGCAGCAAGACAGGUGCAUGUUUAACAGUUAGCAUAACAAACAGCGUUUUACAGGUGAGGAAAUCUUUGGAUUCAGCAUCUGCAUUACAACAGAGAGACGUUGUGCACCAGGAAACCUGCAGCCUCCGUUCCCUCUCUUUUCCCUUUUCUACCCACCUCCAUCUUUCUCACCUUUCGCCUUCUUCCAUCCCUUAACGCCUCCACGUCUUCCCUGCUUCCUACCUUUUUAUCCAACCUCUCCCUCGGUGAGCUCACGGUCUGAAUCCCCGACAUGGCCUCGGCUCAGUCAGAUCAGUCCAGGGUCCUGCAAGAGGAGCUCACCUGCCCAGUCUGCCUGGACUUGUACCGGGACCCUUACUUGCUUCCUUGCGGCCACAAUUUCUGCAAGACCUGCCUGGACCGCUUAAAACGACAAGCGGAGCGGGGUCGCUUCCGCUGCCCGGAGUGCCGCGACAGCCACCGGUGCGGCGCCAGCUUUCAGAAAAACUUCAAACUAGCCAACAUCGCCGACGAUUACCGUCACCGGCGCAGGGCUACCACUUCCUCGGCCACGGCUUUAAAAUCCAGGGAACUGCUGCUGUCGUCUGUGGCAGUGCAGCAAGCGAGGAGCGCUUCUUCUGUUCCCUGCGACUACUGCCCCUCAGCGGCAGCGGAGGCAUCAGGCGCCAGCGCUGCAGCGGACGGGCUCUCUGCUGCUCCUGUUCCUCUGGCAACGGGCGACAAGCAGGAAGCUGCUGCUGCUGCUGCUGCUGCUGCAGUCUCCAUGUUCGCAGUCAAGACCUGCCUGAAGUGUGAGGUGUCCAUGUGCCAGGAGCACGUGAGGCCACACCUGGAACUGCCGGCGUUCAGGGAGCAUCCGCUGACCGAACCGAUGAACGACCUCUGGAAGAGGAAGUGCCCUGACCACGAUGAGAUAUACAGGUACUACUGCAUGGAUGACAAGGUAUGUGUGUGCAACGCCUGCACCAUCGAAGGGGGUCACCUGGGACACACCAUCAAGACCCUGAAGAACACCAUGAAGGAUCUAAAGCAGGGCACGCUGGAUAAACAGCUGUACAGAGUGGAGAGGAAGUACAGCAUGGCCGAGAGAAAGCUCCAGGAGCAGAAGGAGAAGGAGAGGCAGAACAAGAAGUUCAUGGACGACUCGGAUCAGGGCCUGGCCCGGCUGGGAGACGAGCUGAAGGCCAAAGUGCUGCGCUUCGUUGGCAGGCUGCGGGAGUGCACGCGCACUCACUGCGACACCAACGGCCCGGCCAUCCAGAAGAACAUCUCCAGGAUCUGCCAGGACCAGGCCCGUCUGCAGGAGGUGCGCUGCGGCAUCGAGAGCCUCAUGCAGGAGAACGACCCUUUCCACUUCAUCCAGGCCUACAAGACAACAGGAAAACAGUGUCGUAGGCAGCUGAGGAAAAACAUGUUCUAUCCAGAAUAUGUGGACAUGGAGACCGAGGUUCUCGGGGUGAUGAUGGAGGAAGAGAUGAGGAAGUUCCUGGUUGAAGAACUCCCUGGUCAUAUUGUAGCAGCCAUCAGCACCUUGUGUCAUCUUUCAGAUCUCGAAGAGGAGGAGGAGGAGCAGGAGGAGCAGGAGGAAGAGGCGGCGGAGGAGGAGGAGGACGACGACGACGACCUGGACGACAGCAGCGUGGAGGAGAUGAGGAGCGAGGGGGAGGAGGAAGACGAGGAGGAGGAGGACGACGAAGACGACGGACAGGACCGGAGCGGGCAGGUCGACGAUCUCUACAGCCCGGGGGAGGAGGAAGAGGAGGAGGAAGAAGAAGGGGAGGAUGAGGACGACGAGGAGGGAGAGGACGAGGAGGAGCGAGGGGUUUGACGAAGGACUUGAAACUUUAAUUUUUUCUUGAAGCACUUUGGCUCUGAUGUGUGUAACAGAUGUUCCUGAUGUUACACACGGCUUAACUCUGAAUGUCCCUGUACGGUUACAGACUCGAGCAGCUAACACAUUUUUGCCUCAAACCCGACUGGAUACACUGGAUGAGGACUUAGCUGGACGCUAAACUAACACGCUCUGAGAAUCUGCCAGUGUGAAUCUUACGCUUAACCUUGUGUCGCAUACUGCUGAACCUCAUUAAGGUGCUUCGUCGUCGAAGACCUCGCUGCACACACCUGAAUGUGAAUGUGAAAUACUAGAAUGUGGCAGGAAAGACUCAAAACACUUGUAGGUGAAUUUGGCGAAACCUCUGCAUGCCUGUGAUGACAGAUUUUCUACCACUUUGCUAAAUAUUUUACAAAAAUAUGUGCAAUUUGCCGAAGCAGUAUUUACAAAUUUGAUCCAAUAAGUUUUCCCCGGAACUUUUUUGAUACAAGAGGUGCUAAACAGAGAGAGCUUCAGUACGCCAACCAUUACUUAAAAAAGAAUUCAAGUCCUUGAACGGCCCAGUUUUUAUCACCAUUGAAAGCCUUUUGAUAGGAACAGUAUUCUUGUAAACAUGCUAACACGUAUGCCCUGGAUAAGAGCAAACUAUUCUAUUAACAAUCUCCUUGAGUGGAACUGCAGGUAUGCAUUUGUUUUUGUUUUUUUCAUGCUAGUUAAACAUUGCAAGCCAAAGAGUAAGGAUGUGUGCGUGCAUGGAUCAUUUGAAGUUUGUUUGCUUGGCAUGACGCUAGAAAAAAAAGAAAAAUGCAAUGUGUCAGUAAUAACCGUUUCCAUAGGCGACAGGUUACCUUGCUUUUCAUAGAUGUGCUUUAAAAAAAGUAGUUGAUGCAUUAUUUAAAAAGAAGUGAAAUAUUCCUAUGCACAGUUCAUACAUUAUUCUCUAAAUAUCCGUUUUAGGUGAUGGGACGUUUUGCACUUUCCUAUAAAAUAAAACCUACUAUGUAAGGCCUGAUAUCUUUGAAUGUUGAAAGUGGAAUAUUAUUUUGAUACAAGUUCAAAAAGCUAAUAAAUGAUAAUAAAGUCUGUUGAAAUGUG